AAGUUUAAGUUGACGAGGCGCUGGACAACUAUUAUCUUGUCCUUAUAUGUCCCAACCACUAUGCUGCUGACGAUUGGUUACGCUACACUCUUCGUUAAGUUUGAAAUUCUGCAGGUAAGACUGGUGGUGAGCUUGACGACGCUGCUGGUGCUCUACACCCUCUUCAACAACACCUCAGACACCCUCCCUACUACCGCCUACGUCAAGAUGGUCGACCUCUGGUUCUUCUUCAGCAUCUUCGUCCUCUUCUUCAUCAUCAUCUUGCACGUGGCGCUGGAGUACGUACCGACGACGCCCUUCAAGAUAACGAAGGUGUUCCCCACGAACGGGGAGUGGGGAAAGGCUCCCAAGAACCCCGUAGCAAGUUGGGAGUUCGGCAGGAGUCCCGAAGCAGUGCUAAAAAUCACCAGGAAGUACAUCAUCCCAAUCACUAUGUUCGUUUUCAAUCUAGUGUACUGGCUGGUGAUUUUUAACUAAUAUUCGGUGGUCGUAGUCUAGAGUCGUGCUCGGGAUUGCUAAUGAAAUCUAUGUACAUGUUUUCGCAGAAAUGAGUCAGGUAUGUGAAUGAAAGAUACGGGAUAAUAGAGAUAAGUAUUUUUUUACUACUUUAUUUUUUUUAUAUCAUUAGAGGCGUAUUCAAUACAUAGCGACA